AUGUUACAUAAUGACGAGGGGGCGGGAGGGCGCGCGGGCCAGCACGUGGGGGGAGGAGCGUACCCUUGUCCCCAUUGGACGUAUGAGGGAUUAAGGAGCGCAUUGGGAAUAUCCCGGCCUCACACGGGGUCAAGCGGGGCCAUUCCCGACGGGAGGAACACCGGGAUCCAUCCCUCCCUCCCUCCCUCCGCAGGUCCCCACGGGCAGCACCAUUGGGCCGAGGGGCACCCGGCGUGCGGGGGCCGGGCUCAAUCCCCCAUCGACAUCCGGACAUCGGGGGUGCAAACGGACCCUUCGCUGCCCCCCAUCAGCCCCGAGGGCUACGAGAGCCCCGGGGCCGCGCUGCUGGCGCUGAGCAACAACGGGCACACGGCGGUGCUGGAGCUGCCGCCGGCGCUGCGGCUGCGGGGGCUCCCCCGGAGCUUCGCCGCGGAGCAGCUUCACUUCCACUGGGGAGGAGGCGGAGGGAGCGGAGGGGCCGAGCAUGUGGUGGAUGGGCACCGGGCGGCGGCGGAGAGCAUGGGAAUGCACGUGGUGCACUACGAUGCUGAGCGCUACGGCAACGCCAGCGAGGCGCAGCACCACAGCGGGGGCCUGGCUGUGCUGGGGGUGCUGCUGGAGGUGGGUCCUGCCCCACACCCAGCCUACGCCAACAUCCUGCAGCACCUGGGCAGCAUCCGCUAUGCUGGGCAGAGGACCUCCAUCCCCCCGUUCAGCAUCCGGGACCUGCUGCCCCCCCGCCUGGAUCUCUAUUACCGCUACAACGGCUCCCUCAGCACCCCCCCCUGCUUGCAGGGCGUCCUCUGGACCCUCUUCCAGGAGCCCGUCCGCAUCAGCCAGGCCCAGGUA